UGGUGGCGGGAGCGGGGUACAGCUGAGAGCGCGGGGAGGGGGCGCUCUGCGCGGGGCCAUGGCCGAACCCGGAAGCCGGGAGCCCAAGACUGGGGCCUGCAGCCCCAGUGUCGCCGCCGCCAUGGCCUCGCAGCAGCUCUUCCGCGCGCUCGUGUCGGCGCAGUGGGUGGCCGAAGCGCUCCGGGCCCCGCGGGCCGGGCAGCCCCUGCAGCUGCUCGACGCCUCCUGGUACCUGCCCAAGCUGGGCCGCGAUGCACACCGCGAGUUCGAGGAGCGUCACAUCCCGGGCUCCGCCUUCUUUGACAUCGACCAGUGCAGCGACCGCACGUCGCCCUACGACCACAUGCUGCCCAGGGCUGCGCACUUUGCCGAGUACGCGGGCCGUCUGGGCGUGAGCGGCUCUACCCACGUCGUGGUCUACGACGCCAGCGAUCAGGGCCUCUACUCGGCGCCGCGUGUCUGGUGGAUGUUCCGCGCCUUCGGCCACCGCACCGUGUCGGUACUCGAUGGCGGCCUCCGCAACUGGUUGCGCCAGGGCCUCCCGCUGAGUGCGGGCAAGAGCCGCCCGGAGCCCGCAGAGUUCCACGCGGUGCUGGACCCCGCCUACGUCAAGACGUACGAGGACAUCAAGGAGAACCUCGAAUCCCGGCGCUUCCAGGUGGUGGACGCCCGCGCCGCUGGCCGCUUCCGGGGCACCGAGCCCGAGCCCCGAGAAGGCAUCGAACCCGGCCACAUCCCUGGCACUAUCAAUGUCCCCUUCACGGAAUUCAUGACCAAGGAGGGCUUGGAGAAGAGCCCGGAGGAGAUCCGCCUCCUCUUCCAGGACAAGAAGGUGGACCUGUCCCAGCCCCUGGUGGCCACGUGCGGCUCCGGCGUCACAGCCUGUCAUGUGGCACUGGGGGCCUACCUCUGCGGCAAGCCCGAUGUGCCCCUCUAUGACGGCUCCUGGGUGGAGUGGUACAUGCGCGCCCAGCCCGAGGAUGUCAUCUCCGAGGGCCGGGGGAAGACCCAGUGAGGCUUGGCGGGACACAGGAAGCUGGGGUGACACCCAGCCACCAGCAGUGCCCAGCCUGGUGGUUCUGACUCUGCCUUUGACCAGUAUAGGGUUUCUUCCUCCAGCCCAGGUGGCGCAUAGGAUAACAUCCCAGAGGCCAGCAAUUCCGCUGCCUCGCGGGCUUUCAGUGGAGGAAGCAGAGAAGGUGGUGGCGGGAACAGGGGGAGGGGAGCUGCCCACGUGGUGCUGAGCUGGAGCCCCACCUCCCCUCUGUUGAGGAAAUAAAACAGUCAAGUGCUAAA